UUCGUUGGUGCAGCAGGUGAGCGAUCAAUUAUCGUUAAUAUCGGGACAUUAGUUGCUUCGGGAUGAACGGUGCGCAGUUUGUAGCGAUCUGAACGGCUGAAAUCAGUGAAAAUUGUGUCGAUUUUAGUGUUGUCGAACGAGUUAAUGGAUUUUCUGAAGAGGUGCGUGAUCAAGAUUACCGCUGGAAGGCUUGUUGGCUCCUUUUUUUCUACAGUGAUAACAAGUUUUCAGUUUGUUAGAAAUGAGCCAGCCAAUGAUCAUUACUCGUCUGGCUUCACUCUUAUACGGGAAUCAAUAACCUCCUAGAGGGAAAAAAGAACGGAUGCGACGCGGUCUCAAAACAUUGAGACACAUCAGCAAAACGUAGAUUAAUUUAUUACGUCCAUUCAGAAAACAUACGUCCACCCGUUGUUUCUCCCGUAUCAGUAACCGCGCGGAAAAAAGUGAUGCAUGAAAAGUCUCGAUAUUACGAGGCACGUGUUUGUAUUGGAGUAAGAGCUGCUCUGUGUGUAUGUGUGCCAGGUGCACUGUUGCAUCCCUCUGAUGAGCGCCAUGCACCGUUUAGACCAUAGCCAUAAUGUCAUCCCGAAGGCUACUUCUUAGUAAUUCACAAAGGGUUCACUCUUCCGUGAAGUACAGCGCAUGGAUACUUUCCAGGCAAUACCUAGCACGUACCUUGCUAGAGAAAUAUUUGUGGUAGAUCCUCGGUGAAUUAAGAGUAUGGCUUCUGGUGCAUCUUCCUUGGAUAGUGCUGGAAGUAGUGAUGGAGCACUCAAUAUGGGUGUGAACAUACUAUGAAAGAAUUGGAAUACUAUAGAGGACAACAUAUAGCAGUCAUGAAUCAGCUAGAGGCAACAUCACAAGAGAGUUCCGCACUGCGGGGCAAAUAUGGAGAUUUAGUAAAUGAUAAGCAACGCCUGGAUCGGGAAGUUCAGGCGUUGCAGAAAGAAGUAUCCGAAUUACGAUGCCAAAAUCAAGAAGUUCUUGUUUCUGAUGCUAGUAAUAGUGACACCAUGAAUCAACAUUAUUUAUCUGCGCUUCGAAAAUAUGAAGCCGUUAAAGAUGAGUAUGAUGCCCUUCGAAAACGGUACGAUGAUUUAAUAUCGUCACAUUCAUCGGCUGUUAAUAAGUUGGAAUUAUCGCAAGAAGAAGCUGCUAGAUUAAAAAAACAAUACGAUGAAAUUGUUCAAGAGCGUAAUAGUGCAGUACGUGAGCGUAAUGGUUUAAAACAACAGUGUACUGCUGCGAUUAGGCAAUGGGAUAUUGCAUUAAGAGAAAGAAAUGAAUAUCGUGAAGCUUUAGCCAAAGUACAGCAACAACAUGAAGAGGCAGUAAAAGAAAUUAAUCAUGCAAUGGUGCUACGCAUGAAGGCUAGUAAGGAUAUGAAACGAUUAACAGAAGAAAGAAAUGCUGCAUUGCAAGAAUACAGUUUAAUUAUGGGUGAAAGAGAUACGGUACAUAAGGAAAUGGAAAAACUUGGUGAUGAUCUUACACAAGCGUAUACAAAAAUCACUCAUAUAGAAAAUCAGAACAAGCAAUUCAUGGAAGAGAAAAAAGCUUUAUCCUAUCAAAUAGAAACUUUAAGAAGAGAAAUUUCAUCCGCUUUACAAGAUCGGGACGAAGCUUUAAAACAAUGUAACGAAUUACGUCAAAAGUUUGGUGAUUAUUCUGAAGGUUCAAAUAGAGAUUAUAAAAAUCGUAUGGAAUUACAUUCGUACAAUCGCGAACGUGAUAAUUCGAGCAAAGAAGCUGAAAGAGAAAAUAACACGGCAGAUUAUACUAAACGUGAUAAAGAACGUAUGGAUAAUUUGGAUCAGGCAAAUUUGGAGUUAGAUAAACUUAGAAAAUCUGUUGAUAAAUUGCAAACGGAACUCGAAGAAGCCUUACAAGAAGCAGAAGUAUCAAAACGAAGAAGAGAUUGGGCUUUCAGUGAAAGAGAUAAAAUAGUUUUAGAAAGGGAAAGUAUUAGAACUCUCUGCGAUAGAUUAAGAAAAGAACGUGAUCGUGCAGUUUCGGAACUAGCGGGUGCUUUACGUGAUUCUGAUGAUAUUAAAAAGCAACGGAACGAAGCAUCGAAAGAAUUAAAGGAUCUCAAAGAAAAGAUAGAAUCUGGCGAUCAUGCGUUAAGAGCAAGCCAGUUUGCACAAAGCUUAGUGCAUGCACACGAUUCGGCGAUCGAUACUGAUGUUAAUGACUGGGAAAUUAUUCCUAUUCAUUUGGAUCUUAGUCGACUUUGUCUAGAUUCUGAUCGUGAUUUGGGACUAACACUAGUUGGAGGCCGUGAUAAUCCAUAUUAUCCAAACGACACAGGAAUUUAUGUUGCUCAAGUAAUAUCAGGAAGUGCUACUGAUGGUAAACUAAGAGUGAAUGAUUGCAUUAUGCGAGUAAAUAAUGUAGAUUGUACAUCUGUUUCUACACGUAUAAUUAUGGAAACUUUACGUACCUGUUCGGGGGGAUCGGCUACAUUGACGGUAAGAAGACGGCGUUUGACCAGAAGAUCUUUAAGGACAACUCAAUUGUCCGUUGGUUCAGUUCCUCAUGGUAUUUCUUUGGAACUUGGAGUAUAUAUUUCAAAGAUUUCACCUGGUAGUUUAGCUGCUAAAGAUGGCAACCUUGCUGUUGGAGAUAGAGUUUUGAAUAUCAAUAGUAAACCAAUGGAAGGCAUUAAUUCCAGUCACGAAGCAAUGGCAACUUUGAACGACACGAAUACGGAUGUGUUGACUAUUACAACUUUGAAGGGAAUACCAUUGCCUUCGGCAACUAGUUCUGAAACUAUGACUAUUGAUGGUAGCUUCGGCACUGAAAAACAAAAAAUGGUGAACAGUUGUUCUCAAACAGAGCAAGAAAGAAUAUUGUUGAAAAUUCCAUCAGACGAUUAUGAGAGAAGGCACGUUGCUUCGAACUUUGGCGAUAGAAGUAUAUACAAAGUUUCGAAAUCGGUUAGUAGCGAGAAACCAAGUGGAAUUAGCAAUGCUUGGGACAAUAUAAGAGAGAAGAUUGAUAUAGUACGGGGACGUAAGCAUAGCAAAGAUCGGGAGGAGAAGAAGAAACGGCAUCGCAACUCGAGUCCGAAUACUUUUGAGCAAGAACAAGAUGCAAUAGCCGAAUUAGAUUCAGUGAUAGAGAGUUAUCACAAAAAAGCAAAUAACGGAGUAUUGAAGCGAAGUAAACGACGCGGAACCGAAAAAGUUGAAAAAAAUGGAGGUACGUGGCCGAAAGCCAGAGGUGGGCCUCUGAUUCAGAAUGGUACUGGUACCAUUUUACAUUCACGUAAGACAAAAGAAAGAUUGCCCUUAAGUGUACUCCUCAAUCAACCACCAAAGUAUGAAAGUUACAAUUAUAAUCGUAUUUCUAAUCCUAUCCCCUUGACCAAUUUUUCCAAUGUCAACAAUCGGCAUACGGUUUAUAAAUCUGUAGAAAAACCAUUAUCAAAUUUCCUUAAAACCGGACCGUUAUUUAGUCAAAAAUCCUUUACUCCAGUGGUGCAGUUCAAAGAUAUACCGAUAGAUAAGAAACCAGCAACCGAGUUCGAGAACACGGAAAAUAGGCUCAGUUCUACCCUUACACCAUCCGAAACUAGUAUCGACUUUUCUGUGAAGUCGGUUAAUACGGGAAAAGAUGUAGAAUAUUUUUCAAAGAAGAGAGCGCAAAAGUAUACACCUAGCAACGAGAGUCAAGUAGACACGCUACAGCAUAAUAGAGCGCAAUCCCAACUUUAUUCCGGGGCUGGAUCAUCAACUUCCUCAACUAGCGGCCCGAGACAGCAAUUGACUGGUAAUUUUUCAUUUCCUCCCUAUACGCAUUCGCAUCCGCAUCCCCAUCAACAAAAUUCUCUACCUUCGAGAUACCCUUCCCCGCCCUCUUUGCCGUCUGCACAGUCCGGGGAGUCGAUAGGACUUCCCGAUGCACGAUCUUAUUGUUUCGAACCUUCGUAUAGCCCCGGCCCGCAAACAGGAUUCGGGCAUUUGCACACACCCUCUGUAGAUUUGCAUUAUCACAAAUCUCGCGCUCCACCGAUUGGCACUACAUACGAUGUAUCAGCAUACACGCAUGGCUACGAAGGUGGAACAUUUCCAAGAAAAAAGGAAAAUCAACGUUUUCGAAUACCAUCAAAUCCUAGUGUGACAUCAAAAAGCAGCGUGGGUAAAUUGUCUACCGGCAGUAUAGAAAGAACUUCAGAAAGAGGCAGUCCAAUGCCAACAUUCCACGUGGAAGUGCUUAGCCCUGGUACAGGAGGCGGAAGUAGCUCUGGUGGAACUAUUAGAGGAAGUAGUAGCAAUAAAAGAUCCAGCAUGCCGGAUUAUUGUUACUCUCAACCAAGGCCAGCGCCGGGAGAACUUCGCAGAGUUCAUAUAGACAAAUCAGUCGAGCCUUUAGGUAUCCAAAUUUCUUGCUUAGAGAGCGGCGGUGUAUUUGUUUCUACUGUUAGCGAACACAGUUUAGCGUCCCAAGUCGGUCUUCAAAUCGGCGAUCAAUUGCUUGAAGUCUGUGGUAUCAAUAUGAGAAGUGCUACUUAUCAACUUGCUGCCAAUGUGUUACGUCAGUGCGGUAAUUCCAUUACGAUGCUGGUGCAGUACAGUCCAGACAAAUACAAUGAGUUAGAAGAAGGUUCCGCUUCUUCGAGUUCAUCAGAAGCUGGUGGUGCUGAAGGAGGUAGUCGUAGUGGAUCGCCAACACCGUGCAAUAGUCCUGAAGCUCCUAGAAAAACAACUAUUGAGCCAUUGGAAACUUCGGAACCUGAGCGUGAUGCUUCUAGUAGUUUAAGUACAACGCGCGAUGCUUCUAAUACUUUAAAUAUUAUGCGAGAAACUUCAAAUACUUUAGAACCACCUCGUACUAUUCGAGAAAGAGAUAUUAGAAAUUCUGCUUCUUUGGAAGUACCGAGUACGCAACAGAGAGAACGAGAAAUUAGAGCAUCGGCAUCGUUGGAUAUUAAUAUCAGGAAACCGGAACUUCGUAGUUCAGCAACAUUGGAUAAUAUGCGUAAUUCCGCAACUCUUGAUACGUUACGUGGCACUGCGAAUACUCUUACACGCGCACAGCUUAAUCAAGCAGCGACCACGUUACAACGGCAAAAUGCUACCGUAAGAAGCCCGACACAAGAGGAGCAAAAUCGUAAAAGCCCGCCACCGAGUGAACCGAGAUAUCUUUUCAUCGAAACAAGAAAGUGUUCGAAUUUAGGUAUCUCGCUUGUUGGCGGUAAUGGUGUUGGAAUAUACGUACAUUCGGUACAACCAGGUUGCCUCGCGGAAGACGCAGGAUUACGUCCCGGUGACCGAAUCUUAGAAUAUAAUGGCGUUGAUCUCAGACAAGCGACCGCAGAACAAGCUGCUUUAGAAUUGGCUAGACCAGCGGAUAAAGUAACACUGAUUGCUCAAUAUGUACCUGAAAGGUAUAACGAAGUAAAGGAUAAACCUGGAGACAGUUUUUAUGUGAAAGCAAUGUUCGAUCGAGUAGGCGAAGUUGGAGAUAGCCUACAACUUAGGUUUAAUAAAGAUGAUAUUUUAUACGUUGAUAAUACAAUGUUUAAUGGUACCCCGGGUCAUUGGCGAGCUUGGAUAGUUGAUCAAACUGGAAGAAGACAAACUUGCGGUAUAAUUCCAAGUAAAUUCAAGGUCGAAGAAGAAUUGCUUUUGCGACGUUCGUUAGGUGAUUUGGAAACUGAUACUACUAGAAGAGGUAGCACAAGUGCAAGAAGAAGCUUUUUCCGUCGGAAAAAACAUCAACGUUCUUCCAGCAGAGAUAGUAAAGAAUUGUCACAUCUUACAGGAGUAAAUUUGGGUUGGUAUAGUGAUAGUGGAACAUUGAAUGAAGACACUCUUCCGGCAAGCUAUCAACGUGUUGAACGAUUAGAUUAUCCAGCUUUAAGACCAGUAUUGAUUAUCGGACCGUUGAGCGAAUGUGUAGUAACAAAACUAUUACAAGAAUUUCCAGGACAGUUCACUAGAUGUCUUGCAGAAGCAAUGCAUUGUUCUCAAGCAACGCUCGAACAAGGUUUACGUGAUUCUCUUUAUGUGGACUACAGAAAAAAAGGAAGCUAUUUCGAGUGUACUACAGUGCAAGCUGUGAAGGACAUCUGUGAGAAGAAUACUCAUUGCAUUUUGGAUGUUUCAAUUGCAUCGAUUGAACGACUUCAUCGACAUCAAAUCUAUCCUAUAGUUUUGUUGAUUAAAUUUAAAAGUACCAAACAAAUAAAGGAAGUAAAAGAUUCCAGAUAUCCAAGCGAUAAAGUUAGUGCCAAAGUUGCCAAGGAGAUGUAUGAACAAGCAUUGAAAUUGGAAGCUGAAUAUAGGCAUCAUAUUUCUGCUGUAAUUCCAGCUGGUGUAAAUGUUGCGUAUAUAUGUACGCAAGUAAAAGCUGCGGUAGAUGAAGAGCAAAGCAAAGCGCUUUGGGUUCCCAGAGGGCCUCCCUGACAUUUAAGGGGGGGUCCCCACAAACCGCAGUGGAAAUCAAUCUAAAUUCCACCAGGGGGCCCUUACGCCGUACGAUUGUACAAAAUUGUUACAAGUUUGUUUUUUAUGGUCUCUUAUUUGUCUCGAUGGUAUACAAGAAUUUCGAUUCUUCUUUUUAUGGUUUCAUUACUACGAUUGCUUCAAUAAUUUUUAUCUAUUUUGUUAUCGUAAUUCAAUUAUGCAAAGAUUAACAUGUUUUUUUCCUUUUCUUUUUCUAUAUCUUUAUUACAUUGAAGUUUAAUAUAAAUUACAAAUUUUAUUCUAAUCAGUUUUUUUAUAUAAAUAUUUCAUCAAAUAUCUAACGAUUUUAACAAAUAUUUGACACUAAUUAAAUAGUACUAAUGUUUCCUAUAAAACUUCGCGAAAAAACAUAGUAUGUGAUGUAACUUUAGCUGGUUUUAUAAGAUUUUCCUUAAAUCGUUAAAUAUGUUCAAAAAAUUAUUCAUAUUUCAAGAAAGUGAAAUAUUUUUCAUGUCUGCUUCGAACCUCGAUCGAUCAUAAUUUCUCAGUUAGAUAUUCAGUAAUGUGAAAACUUUUUAUUACAAUUGGCAUGAGACCAUAAAUGAAACGAUGUAGCAAGUAAAAAUAUUCAUCGUACUGUGGCCCAUUAAAACAUUUGGUGGAUGAAUUCGUAAGAUUCCUUAGCGAAUAAAUUUCAGCCAAUCGUACUUGUCUGAUAUUAUUAACCCCUCAGAUCACUAUUGUACAGAAUAAUUUCGCGUAAUUAGUAUUAUUGUACAGAAAAUGUAAUAUUAUAAAUUAAAAAAAGUUACUUAUUUGUAUAUAAUUUACUUACAAAAACUUAUGGAUUAUAUGCUUCUUAAUUUUUAGUUUAGACGAAUCUUUUAAAUUUAAGUGAUAUUUUAGUCAUAUUGUUUUAUAUAUAUAUAUAAAUAAAUAUAUAUAUAUAAAUAAAUAAAUAACUAUUUAUAAUCCAUUUGUUGAAAUUGCGCGACAAUCGAUUUGAGGGGUUAAUAUUUUAAGGUUUAAGAUCGAGGAAUUAAAAAAUGUAAAGAAAAUGAAUAUGGAAUUGAAAAACAAUGGCUUGUUUCCGCCAUUUUUUUAAUUUGUAAAUAUCUAAAAUGAUAAUAAGCAAUAGAGAUAUUCGUGACACAGACUAACUCAAUAUAAAACGCUCGUAACAAAAUAUAUAAUGAAAUGCGUUUACUAUACAUGAAAUUGCUUUUUUACUUCUAUAGUUUGAAUUAUUUUAUGAAUUUAUAAUAUAAUGAUGUUUUUUACAACCGACUUUAAGGCGCUUUAUAAGGUGCAGUCAUAUUUUGAAAAAUAUAUAAAAUGCAAGCACGUAUCAUUACGUAUCUACAUUCAGAAUCUAAUACAUAUUUUAUAUUACAUUUUUAUAAAGAAAAAAAAUAUAGUUUUUCUUAUUACAAUUUUAAAAAUUAUAUUUAAAUUGUUUCAUUCUUAGUUUUUUUAACAUUUUAAUAAAUAUAAUGAAUUUUUUUACAUUAUUUACAAUAUCUGAGGUGUAGAUAUGUACAAGUUUCUUAUAUAUUAUCGGAAAAAAUUAAGGGUACGUUUAAGAGUACCAAGGAAUAAAUAUUAAAUUUAAUCAUAAAAAUUUAUUAUAAUGUUAUCACAAUGCUUCGAUACUUAAAUUAUAUAAUUUUCUCUUCUAUUAGAAGCCUUUUUGAUUUUAAAAUGAAUAUUAAUGAAUAUUAUUUAAAUCAAGAAAACAUUUUGUAAUGAGAAUCAAGAAAUUAAGAUAAUUUAGAAAAAUUUUUAUAAGUGUCACAAAUAUAAAUGAUUGUCCAGUUUUGUACGUACAGAAAGGAUUAAAUAAGAAAGACAAAAAAAUUAAAGUUAAACAUUGCUUUUUGUAAAACAAAAAUUUAGUUUUUUAACAAGACAAUAUUUAGGCGUAAGUUAUCAAACUGAGACCAAAAAUUUAAAGGAUACUAUGCUAAUUCAUAAGGAUAAUUAAAUUUAUUCGUAUCAUUAUUAUCAAUACGUUUAAUGCAGAAAUAUAGAUAUACAUAUACACUUUUUGAUAUAUUGCGAAAUCAAUAAUAUCAAAUCGAUUAUGAAUUUCGUAAUACAAAAAGCUCGAAAAGAAAAAAAAAUAUAUAAAUUACAAGAAAAAUGCCAAAUAUGUUUGGCAGCAACAAGGAAUUAUUGUUUCACAUCCAGGGUAAAUACUCUAUAAAAAAGCGAUGGCGGACAAUCUAAACAUUAAAAUUAGGAAUUUAUUAAUAUAAUAAAAUAUUUUUCAGGAAAAAAUAUUUAAUUUUUAUUCUUUUAUAAUUAGUAGGAAAGAUAUUAUAAUAAUGUACGUAUUACGUACAUUUAAACAUGUAUUGUAUAUAUUUUUGUACACACAUAUGAAUCUUAAACGUUAUACACGUGUGAAAUGAAAUAUAUAAAUUAUUAUUUAAAAUCGGCAAUUUUAACUUAUAUUUUAUACGAUGAUAUUAUGCGUUGUGAAAUACAGUAUAUUUUCUGUAACAAAUUUAUUUUUAUAAAAUUGUUUUUUGA